AUGCAGGCGAAGGCGCAGGAGGAGCAGAAGGGCGAGGAGCUGAGCCAGUUCCUGCAGGCGCUGGAGGAGGAGUUCGCGCUGUGCCAGGAGGGGGGGGGAGAUAAGAGGGAAGCGGACGGGCCCUCGCUGGAAAAUGCCGAAGCGGAGGAGUUGGCGAACCGCCGGGCGUACUACCUCCAGCUGAAGGAGGAAAGAAACGUCCUCGUGGAGGAAUCGAAGCACGUCACGUCGCUACACAUGAGCAGCAAGCAUAACAUUGAGCAUGCUAAAGUCCUCGGGAUGGCAAAAAAGCUGGAGACCCUAUAUUACGUAGUGAACCAUGUAAGAAGCUUCAACACAUAUCAGUUGACGGAAGAAGGAAAGGAGUACCUGCGCGACGGGUCCCCCGAACAUGUGACGUUAAGGUAUGUGAUGGAGCAGGAGGGAUGCACCCUGGAGGAUCUGAAGAAGCUGUUUGGGAAAAAGGGAGAAAUUGGGUUGAACAUAAAUUUGAAGAAAAAAAAAAUAGAGCUGCGAAAAAGCGACAAAAGGUUGUUCCCCCAUGUGGAAGGAAGUGCCCACAGUCUGGUGGAUGAGACGAGAUGCUACCUCCAAAAGGUGGAGGCGCACGGAAAUGAUGAAGGCGCGCUUGUCUCCCACUUGAAGGGCAUCCUGCCCCCCGAGAAGGGGGAAAAAAAAGAAGAAGAUGAGGCAAACAACCUCAUCAAAGAGCUAAAGAAGAGAAAACUAAUAGAGGCGAAAAAAAUCUCCUACAUCUACAUCAUUCGAACUAACCUCUUCACAAAAGAAAUUAAAAAACAGAUAACUGACCUGACGUACCUACUCAUAAAAAAUGAAGAAUAUAAAAAGUACCAAGUGAAGAAAUAUAACUUUUUUUCGAGUGGAAAAAAAAUGAACAAAGGGAACAUUCACCUGCUGAUUAGACAAAUGAGGACGUUCAAGGAUGUCUUUGUUUCCCUUGGAUUUGAAGAAAUGAAUACCCAUAAUUAUGUGGAAUCCUCCUUCUGGUGCUUCGACGCUCUGUAUAUCCCUCAGCAACAUCCCAGUAGGGACCUCCAAGAUACUUUUUUUAUUAAAGUGCCUGAGAUGUGCCAGGAGGAGUUCACCGAUCAGAGCUACAUCGAAAACGUUAAGAGGGUUCACUCCGUUGGGGACUACGGAAGCUUCGGUUGGAAUUACCAGUGGGAAUUGAAAAGCACAAAAAAGAAUGUCCUCAGAACCCAUACCACAGCCAACUCCUGUAGAGCCCUAUUCCAGCUAGCCAAAGAGUAUCAAAAAACGGGUUCUAUAAUCCCAAAAAAGUUUUUCAGCAUAGAUAGGGUGUUCAGAAAUGAGAAUCUGGACAGCACCCAUUUGGCUGAAUUUCACCAAGUGGAGGGACUCAUCAUCGAUAGGAAUUUGGGACUGUCUCAUUUGAUUGGGACCUUGUCUGCCUUUUACAAAUACAUUGGGAUUUCCAAGCUGCGUUUCAAGCCGACUUUCAACCCGUAUACGGAGCCCUCCAUGGAGGUCUACGGUUACCAUGAGGAGAACAAGAAGUGGCUGGAGGUCGGCAACAGCGGCAUUUUCCGCCCCGAGAUGCUCCGCGCCAUGGGCUUCCCCCCCGAGGUCUCCGUCAUCGCCUGGGGCCUCAGCCUCGAGCGGCCCACCAUGAUCAAGUACAGCAUCCGCAACAUCCGGGACCUCUUCGGCUACCGCAGUGUGAUCUGA